AUGCAGCAUGUUGAAUUGUCGGCUAGAAGAGAUGUAUUGAAGAUCUUCAAUGAAGUCAUUGAUGCUACAGGAAACCUGGGACAACUUUGUAAGAUCAUUGAGUCCCUUCCAGCUGUUCCAUCCCCUGAACUUGCAUUAAGGUUGUACCUGCAAUGUGCUGAGGCAGCUAAUGGCUGUGAUAUUGAGCAUGUUAUGUAUGAAUUUUUCACACAAGCGCUUUUAUUAUAUGAAGAAGAAAUUGCGGACUCUAAAGCCCAAGUGACUGCAAUUCAUCUGGUAAUUGGGACUCUCCAGAGGAUGAAUGUAUUUGGUGUUGAGAACAGAGAUACUUUGACACACAAAGCCACAGGAUAUUCAGGUCGGCUAUUGAAGAAGGCUGAUCAGUGCAGAGCUCUUUAUGCAUGUUCCCAUCUAUUUUGGGUUGAUGAUCAGGAUGGCAUAAAGGACGGGGAGAGGGUCCUCUAACAAUAAGCAAAUCACCAGUUCUGCAAUCCAAGGGCUGAUAGAAUUAAUUAAUACUGAGAUGCAAAGUGAUUCCACAAACCCUGAUAGUGUGGCGGAUGCUUUGCUUGCCAGCACCUUGCGUUACAUUCAGUUCCAAAAACAACAAGGCGGUGUAGUGGGUGAGAAAUUCGAUUCCGUUAAACUGUAAAUUGUUGAGUCAAGUAAAGAAGUAAUGCAUGGCAGUUAGAGAUGUAAAUAGGCGUUUAUUCUGGAUUUGGAUUUCAUAUUUGCUUGAUUAUAUCUUUUAUUAAACUGUAAAUUAUUGAGUCAUGUAAAUUGUAUUAUAUCUUUUAUUACCGAGAUUUACUUGAUUAAGAAAAUGCAUUGUAUUUUUUAUUA